AUGACCCUCGCCUUACCGUCCACCACACCAGCCGCAGAAAAAGUUACCCUCCUCGUUCUUGGAGCUGGCUGGGUGUGGCAAUUCGUAAAACCGCUUCUCAACGAGAGGCAGGACAUUACAUACGCAGCCACCAGCACAAGCGGACGCGAAGGGACCAUUCCUUUUAGAUUCGAUCCAAAAUCCGGCGACCUCGAGGAGGCAUUCAAGGCGCUUCCCUUGGCAGAGUAUGUGCUUGUCACGUUCCCGUUGAAAGGGAAGGGCCCAUCGAGGAGAUUGGUGGGAACGUACGCCGAGACGCAUCCGGAAUACGGUCUCGCGAACUUGGACUCCUCAGCUGCGGCGAGUGAGGGAGACGGGCGAGGAGGAGACGGAGAGACCACUACAGCAACGACAAAGAGGACGAAGUGGAUACAACUCGGCAGUACUGGGAUUUGGACGUCCGCGGACUUCGUCGACAGCCACUCUCCAAUCGACCCGUCAAACGAGAGAGGGAUUGCAGAGGACGAACUCAUCUCCUUGCAUGGUUGCGUGUUGAACCUCGCAGGUCUGUACGGGGCACAGAGGCAACCUGGCAACUGGAUUGAACGAGUCGCGAAGACCAAGGAACAGCUCGGUGAGAAAGGGGCGCUGCACUUGAUCCACGGGGUAGACGUUGCGCGAGCUGUAGUCGGGGUCAUCGACGCAGAUCGCAAGGAGACUGAGGAGAAUGGUAUCGUUGGCAGCGGCCAGUCUCGGACAGGGCGAUUGUUUGGCAGGAGAUGGAUAGUGGCGGACUGCAUGAGCUACGAUUGGUGGAGCGUCGUGUGGGAUUGCAAUGGGGACUCGAGUGAAGAAAGCCGUGGGAGUGAGGAUGAUGUGGAAGGGCAGACGAGGCUGGAAGAAAGGACGAAGUAUCGAUGGUGGGUGAUGGAGUUGAUGCGGGACAAGAGUGUGAAGGCGCUGCCGAGACCGAUAGAGGCAUUGGGCAGAAAGCUAGAUGCUCGGGAAUUUUGGAGGUUGGUUGGAAUGCUCCCGGCGAGGACGUUGAGGAGAUGA